AAGCAGUAUGGCAGUACUGUAGCGAUUGUUUAGUCAGGAAAGCUGUCAUUUUUUGUUGUUGCGUAUUUGACUGGGGGAAGAGAUUGGUGCUUAGAAGGUAAAGCAUGUGUGUGAUGUCUUGAAACAAAUCAUGGCCUUUUUAAUACUCCAUGUGUAAUGUGUGUUGCACUUAAACAAAUUUAAUGAAACACAAAUAGAAAAAUAGAGCUGUGCAGUCCAGUAUGCAGCGAAUGAGAUGUGUGAUGUGGCUGACAGCAUGCGUGCUGUUCUGGCUGGUGCUUUUGGCGCUACUCAGGACUAAGACAAUCUCAAGCUUGUCCUAUAUCAAGAUGGUCCAUGGGCAGUUUCAAAAGACUCUGGACGCGUUGCGAAGCCAAGCUGAUCAGCGAGAAGUCGUGAAAAGGCCGAUCUGGCUGAUGGCAGCGGAGGAAGACAAUAUCAGAACGUGUGUUGAUACGAAAAGUCUUGAGUAUGAGAAGGCAGGUAAGCAAAUUUGGAAAGGGGAUACAACAUCGAUUCGUCAUGAUGUGCAUAAGUACUUGACCAACAGGAGCAUAGUGCUCGACAUUGGCGGAAAUGUUGGAACAGAUGCAGACGUGUUCCUGAACAGGUACCAUGCCAGACUUGUUAUUUUUGAACCAUUACAAAGGUACUAUCAGAAACUGAAAGAAAAAUUUGCUGGAAACUCAAAUGUGAAGAUAUUAGAUAUAGGCCUUGGUAAAGAAGAUGCCGAGCGUCGUUUGGAGGUCAUGGGUGUAAACGGGGAUGCUUCGUCUCUCUACCGAGGCCAAGAACCAACUGGUGCUGACGUUGAGAAAGUUAAAGUGAAAAACACGACUCGUGUCUUGGAGGAAAUCGGACUAGGAAGGUACUCCAUUGACCUUAUUCAUGUGGACUGUGAGGGGUGCGAGAUGGAUGUGCUGGAAUCUUUAGUGGGGACAAAUGUCAUAUUUAACCUGAAACACAUUCAGUUUGCUACACAUACUCAGUACACAGGUGUUGUGGACUUGGUACCCAGGUACUGCAAACUGCAGGAGGUCCUUAAGCGGACUCAUAAACCAAUGUACCAGUAUAAAUUUAUUUGGGAAAGUUGGGAAAUGAAGUAAACCAUGAAUUUUAGACUUGUUUAAAUUGUACUUAAAUUUUGUCUAAUUAGGUGACACCAGUUUUAUUUUGUGUUAUAUGGGCGAGCGGACGAUAAAAAAUCCAAAUUUGGACUAAAGCUAAAAUUGAAAAUUCACCCUUUUAAUUUGUCCGAUCUUAAUGUUUUAUGUGAUUUUCCUGUGUUUUGCAAGGAUUUCAAAAUACUGUAAAUACAGUAUGUCAUUAACAGGAACACUGGCUGAAACAGUACACAUUUCCAAAAAAUUAGAUGAUUUUUCAGUUUUAUAUUUAUUUUUAUGACCUCCAGGUACAUUAAAAAAAAAGAUUCAUUUUGUCCAUAAAACAAAAAUUUUAAUUACUGUGGCCUUAUGGAAAAAGAAAUAAACUUUUUUUAAAACUGCAGUGUAAGAAUUUAGUUUUCCCUGUGAUUAAGUAGACGAUACUUUAUGUAAAUGAUGAUGGGCAAAGACUAAAAUCCAGUACUUCCAUUAUAAGGAGUUGUCACAUAUAACACAAGCUGAGUGCUCAAUAUUUCAGCAUUUUAUUGUGCCAUCGUCAUAAUAAUUGCUAUGCAAUGUAGCUUUUGCCAGUUCAGUUUAUAUGUCAUCAAAUAUGUCAUUUCUCUAAUCUUAAAAAUACAUACAGCAUGUGGUAAAUGGCUUAAAACUUUAUUUAAGUUACAUUUUUAUGUUCUUUUUUGUGACAUGCUUCUGUUUUAAGAUAUUUAUUACUGAAUUUUAUGAUUGAAAGAAAAUUUUGCUGUCAGUUUUGGCUUGUUUUACAAUUGUAUUACUUUUGUUGUAAUAUGGUGGAUUCUGUGUGCCGCAUGUACAUGUCUUGUAGUAUCCCAGGACACUGCAUUUGUUAGGGAUUUCUCCAUCUUUAAUGUACCAUACCAUGUAUACUUUUAGUACUUUGCGCACAUAUUUUAUUUGAUCUAAUAGAAAUCCACUUUUACUAAUAUGGUCUCACAUAUGAUUUUUAAUAAAUAUAUAUUGUGGGCUAAAAUACCUGGUAAUCUGACAUCUAUAGGGUAUGGUAUGAGUUAAUUGAAUUUUUCAAGUAGUUUUUACCUGCCCUGAUAGCACAGUUGGUAGAGCAUCCGCUUCCAGAGCGGUAGAUCCAGGAUCAAACCUGGGUCAAGUCACACCUAAGACUUUAAACGAGAAAGUUGUAACUUCCUCGCUUGGCAUUCAGCAUGAAGGGGAUAGUGCAACGACUGGUAGACCUGUAUCAGUAUAAUGGUUCAGGCAGGGAGGCCUUCGGUAAGGCAUCUCAGUGAAGCAGCACUAGAUGAAAGAGCAGUGGAAAUCUGUCCUGCAACAAGGAGGUACAUUACAUGCACUCUGAGGAUUCCCUCGUAGUCAUAUGACUGAAAAAUUGUUAAGUACGACGUUAAACCCCAAGCACUCACUUACUGACUCACUCACCACCUCACUGACUCACUCCUCCUUUUCAUUUUAAAACAUUUGUGUGCUUCUGAAAAAUGAUUUUUAUAUGCCGAACCAAGUUCGAUAUGACGUGUAGUACGAUUUUGUAUAAUUAUGAAGAUUAAAAAUUAUAUUAUACAAAAUAUUAUAUUGAUACUAGUAUUAGUAUCAAUAUUUAGUAUUAGUAUCAAUAUUUAGUAUUAGUGUCGAUACGGUUAACGCACUUUUUGCCUGUUGUAGCAAUGGCCGUGAAUAAUUUACAUAUGAUAAACGUAUCCCGUUGCCCUGACACCCUGCGCUCAGGUUGGACAGAACGGAUACAGUGGGAAGCGUUGCCGAUUGGGGUAAUCUUAGAGACAGGCAAGUCCUGGCUAAGUCAAGGCUAAGCGGAAUUUUAGGGGCUGUAUGUUAUUUUCAAAUUAAAAUUGGGAACACCAUUAUUAUGAAUGUUUAACUACCAUAAAGAUAUAUUGUUGACAAUACAUGUUUGUUUUACUGUGUUCAUGGACAUAUCUAUUUUUGACCAAAUUGAUGCGAUUGUAUUUGUUUGUGACAUAUAUAAACGUAUGUAUGCACAUGUGACUUAUCUAACAGAAACAUAAAAGCUUGGGCAGUUUUAUUGGUUUUAUGUUAAAUUUUUAAUGGUUUCAUUGAUAGAGCAUGCCAAGAAAGUACUGCAUUUGGGUUGAAAAGAUUAUUAUUAAUAAAUAUUACUUUUCAUGCAGAAACAUUUUUUUAGUAGCUUAUCGUCCUACUUUUUCAAAUGGAACCUCAAAAUCCCUUUCUUGGAUGAAUCCCUUUCUAUGAAGAGACUCCUCAGGAUCAGCCAAAACUCGCAGAUGGUCGUGGGUUUCCAGACCCAUCUUCCUCCCACCUUAAUGCUGGCCGCCAUCAUGUAAGUGAAAUAUUCUUGAGUACGGCGUAAAACACCAAUCACAUGAACAAAUAAAUGAGAAACUCUCAAAACGAGCAACAUACAUGUAGUUUAGGGCAAGUACCGUAAAUUACUCAAAAUUUCACCCCAAAAAUUGAAUUAUUAGAGCCGAAAUACAGUAAAUGUGAUCAAAUAUUAGUUUUGAUGCUGAAACUGACAUUUUUCCAGUAGGAUAUGUCAUCCUAUAUGUAUAUUCAUGUAUAUAAACCUUUCAAACCAACCACCUACCCUAAUGCUUCAACCUUUUCAACCACCUCUGAAACCAAUAUUUUGAACCAUUCUAAGAAGACUGCGGAGUGUAAAGAAAUAAUUUGUGCAGUUUUAUGAAGCUUACAUCUUAUACGACACAAACAAAUCAUUUUUAGGUGGUUUUCACAGCAAUUGUAUGUAUAACUUCCACUGAAAAUAGUGCUUUAGUGAUUGAAAAGGUUAAAGAUUUUCAGUGACACCUUUUAUAGAAGUAAGUGAUUAUAACUGCCAACACUGAUAAAUCAAGACAACAAAAAUACUGGCUCAGUGCAGACUUGAACUCGUCAUUCACCCGGGUUGGGACAAUUGUACUUGCUACUGUCUCGCCUGGCGCAUGAUACCUUGAGUGGAGCUUUGGCAACGUGGACUCACCCUGCCACAAGAAGAGACACCUAAUAACUUGCCAUCAUCAAAUGACUGAAAAGUUGUUAAGUAUGACAUUAAACCCCAAGCAUACAUACAUACAUGCGUGUAUACACCAUGAAUGAGUUCACUCAAGCCAGUAUUUUUGCUUGUCUCGAUUUCUGUCUGGGCAAUUUCUUCUACUUAAUGUUUUCCCUGACUGUGAUUGUAAUUUGAGUGACUUGAUGCAGUUUUAGGCGAAAUACUUUCUUUUGACAUUUUUGUUUCAGCAUUUGGCCUUGUGUUGGCAUUAUCUGACCAUGGACUACUUUCUCAAACACUGUUGUAUUGCCUUAUAUGUGUAGAAAUCAGGCGACCUUGAACUUCUGCCAAAGAUUCAUUCCGGGUAUUUUUGGUUUACUCUUACAUCACACAAUUGUAGGACUUUAGGUUGUUAAAUAAAGUGUUCGGCACAAACUUUGUCCUGAUUUGUAUUUGUGAAAGCCUAAUUAUCAAAUGAACCCGACACGAUUGAAGUGGGAGUGUACCCUGAAAAUGUCAGCGAAGAGCUCAAUGAUUGGUUAAAAUUAUUUUUAGUGAUAUUAUGCAGAAACAAGUGAGAUUAGAGUGUAUCCUAUCAUUAUGUAGAUAUUGUAUUUUUUUUCCUGCUAUAUUCACGAAUAAUCUGUUUCAUCUCUC